ACGACGGCAAAUUUCUGUCUUAUUCUUCGCCACAUCCUAUCUGUUCCGCCAGCACACUCUCCACACGACAAAUCCACUGAUACGAUGGCUCCAUCAGCAUUCGCUGACAAUGGCGCACAAGGGGCGCCUGCGAAUCCAAAUGGAAAGGCAAGCGGCAAGUCGGGAAGUGGCGGCUCCGUGCAUCUAUCUUCGGCGGACGUGAUUCAGUUGGAGCAUCAGUUCGGUGCACACAACUAUCAUCCUCUUCCUGUCGUCUUCGACCGCGCAUUGGGAGCCAAGGUAUGGGAUCCGGAAGGCAAUGAAUACAUCGACAUGCUUUCCGCGUACUCUGCGGUAAACCAAGGCCACUGUCAUCCACGUAUCGUUGCCACCCUUGUGGAACAAGCGCAGAAACUCACGCUCUCUUCUCGCGCGUUCUACAACUCGGUGUUUGGGCGAUUCGCGCAGAAGGUGACCACCCUGUUCGGAUACGACAUGGUAUUGCCAAUGAACACUGGCGCCGAGGCCGUCGAGACCGCCGUCAAGCUCUCACGCAAGUGGGGCUACGAGAAAAAGGGCAUCCGCGACGGCAAAGCAGUUGUGCUGAGCGUCGAGGGGAAUUUCCAUGGUCGGACGCUCGGCGUCAUCAGCAUGAGCACAGAUCCAGAAAGCCGAGGAGGAUUUGGGCCGUAUCUCCAAGGAGUAGGGCCUACGUUCCAGGACGGCGCACAGACUAGGACCAUUCGGUAUGGUGUUAUCGAAGACUUGGAGCGCGCGCUCGAGCUGUACGGCACUGACGUCGCAGCGUUCCUCAUCGAGCCUAUUCAGGGUGAAGCGGGGAUUGUUGUGCCCCCUGAGGGCUACUUGUCAAAGGUCCGUGCGUUGUGCACGAAACAUAAUGUGUUGUUCAUCUGUGAUGAGAUUCAAACGGGGCUGUGUCGUACAGGAAAGUUGCUCUGUUGUGAAUACGACAACGUGCGACCGGACAUCAUUCUCCUCGGAAAAGCACUAUCAGGAGGAGUGUACCCUGUGUCUGCGGUCCUAGCCGAUCGUGACGUCAUGCUCUGCAUCAAACCCGGCGAGCAUGGGAGCACCUACGGCGGAAACCCCCUCGGAUGCGCGGUCGCAAUGACGGCGCUCGAUGUGCUGCUCGAAGAGCAGCUUGCGGAGCGUGCGGCCGCACUCGGAGAGAAGUUCCGUGCGCUCGUCCGCGCGAUCAAAUCGCCGCUCAUCAAGACCGUACGUGGUCGUGGCCUGCUGAACGCGGUCGUCAUCGAUGAGACCCAGAGCGCGAAGGGCCGCAGCGCGUGGCAGCUUUGUCUGCUUCUGAAGAGCAAGGGCCUGUUGGCCAAGCCGACACACGUCAACAUCAUCCGAUUCGCACCCCCCUUGGUCAUUGAGGAAGCGGAUAUCGUCAAGGCUGUCAAGAUUAUUGAGGAAGCGCUCUCCGAUCUUGACAAGUUGGAUGACAUCCCUGGCGAGGUUCAGAGCGAGAAGGGGUUUAAGGAUGAGAUCAGCAACUGA